UGGCGCGCGCACGGAAAGUUUAGGCAGACGGACUGUGACCUGCGAUGGGCUUGCGGUGGGCGAGGGAGAGCGGGGGCCGGCGGCUGUCCUUCGCUGCUGGCUGGGGCUACGCCUGAAGGAGUUGGGGGUGAGGAACGAGGCAGCGCCCGCGCCGGCCUUCUCGCCGCCCGGGGCUGCCCCGCGCCGUCUCGGAGGCGCCGGUUCCGGGGCCCUGCGCCCGGCCUCCCAGCGCUCCUGUGACCCGGGCUCCUCGGCUCCGCGGACCCGGCACGGUCUCGCCCCCUCUGCCCGUGGAAGAUUUCCAGAUCGCGAAGAAAUUGUUUGAUUUCUAAGCAUUUCUGUGUUGGUAGCACGCUGUCCACAUUCUCGUUGGAAACACUGGGAUCAUUUUCAUCAUGCCGACGGUGGUGGUAAUGGACGUGUCCCUCUCCAUGACCCGCCCUGUGUCUGUUGAGGGCUCUGAGGAGUACCAGCGGAAGCACCUAGCAGCCCAUGGUUUGACGAUGCUGUUUGAGCACAUGGCCACAAAUUAUAAGCUCGAAUUUACAGCCUUGGUGGUUUUUUCAUCACUCUGGGAGCUGAUGGUCCCCUUCACACGAGAUUACAACACCUUACAGGAAGCCCUGAGCAACAUGGAGGAUUAUGACAAGACCUGCCUGGAGUCUGCACUGGCUGGUGUGUGCAGUGUCGUCCAGCAAGAGUGGGGUGGUGCGACUCCCUGCCAGGUUGUCCUGGUGACGGAUGGCUGUCUUGGCAUUGGUAGAGGGUCCCUGCGGCAUUCCCUGGCUACUCACAAUCAAAGAAGUGAGAGCAACAGGUUCCCACUGCCCUUUCCUUUCCCAUCGAAGUUGUAUAUCAUGUGCAUGGCAAACUUGGAGGAGCUUCAGAGCACGGAUUCCUUGGAAUGCCUUGAACGUCUCAUAGACUUAAACAAUGGUGAAGGGCAGAUUUUUACUAUUGAUGGCCCCCUGUGCUUGAAAAAUGUACAGUCUAUGUUUGGAAAAUUGAUAGAUCUGGCAUAUACACCUUUCCAUGCUAUUCUCAAGUGUGGCCACCUAACAGCUGAUGUGCAGGUCUUCCCAAGGCCAGAACCUUUUGUCGUAGAUGAAGAAAUUGAUCCUAUACCUAAAGUUAUUAAUACAGAUUUGGAAAUAGUGGGAUUUAUUGAUAUAGCUGAUAUUUCAAGUCCCCCUGUUCUGUCCAGACAUUUAGUGUUGCCUAUAGCACUUAACAAAGAAGGUGAUGAGGUGGGUCCUGGCAUCACUGAUGACACUGAAGAUGAAAAUUCAGCCAACCAGAUUGCAGGCAAAAUACCCAACUUCUGUGUCCUGCUCCAUGGCAGCCUAAAAGUAGAAGGAAUGGUGGCGAUUGUUCAGUUAGGUCCUGAAUGGCAUGGAAUGCUCUACUCCCAAGCUGACAGCAAGAAGAAAUCAAACCUCAUGAUGUCUCUUUUUGAGCCUGGCCCAGAACCUCUCCCAUGGCUAGGGAAAAUGGCACAGUUGGGUCCUAUUUCAGAUGCUAAAGAAAACCCUUAUGGCGAUGAUGACAAUAAGAGCCCAUUCCCUCUGCAACCCAAAAACAAACGCAGCUAUGCCCAGAACGUGACUGUCUGGAUCAAACCCAGCGGCCUGCAGACAGAUGUACAGAAGAUUUUAAGAAAUGCAAGGAAACUACCUGAAAAAACACAGACAUUCUAUAAGGAGCUGAACCGUUUACGGAAGGCCGCCCUGGCCUUUGGUUUCCUGGACCUGCUCAAGGGGGUGGCCGACAUGCUGGAGCGGGAGUGCACGCUGCUGCCUGACACGGCCCACCCCGACGCUGCGUUCCAGCUCACCCACGCCGCCCAGCAGCUCAAGCUGGCCAGCACGGGCACCUCCGAGUAUGCCGCCUACGACCACAACAUCACCCCUCUGCAUACAGACUUCUCUGGGAGCAGCGCCGAGCGACUGUGAAGCU